CGACCAGACCCGGCCAGGAUUGGGCCUUUCGCCUGCCAGCAGCAGCAGCAGCAGCAGCAGCAGCAACAACAACAACAACAUCAGCAACAAAAAGAAGAAUUGAAACAGCAGCAACCGCAACAGCAGCCUCAGCAAGUUCUUCCCGAGGCCCAGUCGUCACGAGACAGUCCGGAAUGUGGAUUCAGCCGGCCAGUGUCUCAGAGCCCAGCAACACCACCAACAAUGGGCCAAUCACACCCAACCAGACUGCUCCAUUCCAUCGGCCAGUCGAGGCUGUCGUCCGCUGUGGAGGCACUCUCCUCCGGCGACGGUUUGCCUCCGCGUCUGUUGGACGAGACCAGUCGACCCGACGACUCGGAGCCCGACAAGACACGAUCAGACCUCUGCGAACCAUUCAACUCAACCGGUUGCCAUGCCAACCGCCCGACGACUGAGUCGCUGGGACAGACCCAGUCGCAAUCACUGUACCACCACCACCACCACCAAUGGUAUGAUGAUCAGCAGCAGCAGCAAUCGUCGCCGCCAACUGCAACACCAACAGCUGCUUACACGGCGGGCUUCUAUUCGCCCGGCCAACUGAUGCUGCUGCCUGAAGCCCUGUUUGUUAGGCAGCCCAGCCAAUCGGGGCCAGGCUUUCUUGCGCCCGGAUGGUUUGGUGCCUCGGGACAGUCGCCUCUUCUAUCGGCCUAUCUGGCCCCUGGACCGCUGAUUGCCACAGCUGUUGGCCCGGCAACUGCCGGUCAGACGAAUGGGACCAGCCAUGACAACGACAGCCUCGGAGGCCCAGUCUUCGGCCAGUGGAUGCCACCGUGGCCCGGUUGCUGCAUGCUACCCUCAGCCUCAACCAGCCCAUCAAAAUUGGUGACUAACACGCUGCCGACUGUGUCGCCACACCAGCCGUGGCGACAACAACAGAACGAGCCACGAGCCAGCGAAGAGUCCAGCCGGAAACCAGCCGAUCACUUGCAGCCCGUAAAAGAUGCGGUAGACCGCCAGGUUAGAAUAUGCUGA